AUGCGAGAAUGGAGGGAGUUAAGAGUCGGCGACAUAGUGCAGGUAGAAGGCGACACGUACUUUCCCGCGGAUUUGAUCUGCUUAGCCAGCAGCAGCAGCGAGGACGGGUCGUGUUACGUAGAAACGAUGAAUCUGGACGGCGAGACGAAUCUAAAGUUGCGCCAGGCGCUUCACGAGACGUAUUCGCUCGACGGGUCGCAGCUGGCGAGAUUAAGAGGCACUGUGGAGUGCGAGCAUCCCAACGUCUCGAUUUACACGUUCACGGGAAAGAUGCGCCUCGAGGGCCUCCAAGAGACGCCCAUUUUCCUCUCGCCGACUAACAUUCUCCUCCGCGGCUCCAAGUUAAGAAACACGCGGUACGCGGUGGGUCUGGUGGUGUAUUCAGGUCGCGAGACGAAGAUCAUGAUGAACGCCACGGACCCGCCGUCCAAGCGAAGCUUCGUGGAAAAACGGCUUGAUUACGUCAUCAUUUUCGAGCUCGUUCUCAUGCUGUCGCUCGCGAUCUUCCCCGCCGCGGUCUUCGCGGCGCGGCUGCCGUACCAGGAGCAGUACAUGUGGUACCUGGAGCUGGAUCAGAACGCGCAGCUCACGGGGCUUAACAAGGCGCAGUAUAACGCGGACAACCCCGCUCUGGCAGGCGUGCUGCCAGUUCUUCACGUGCCUCGUUCUCUAUGGUAUGGCCAUUGCCGCUCCCUCUUGUUCCCUUCCCUCUCAUCCUCUCCCAUUUCAUCCCCUCCAUCCCCUUCCCUCCCCUCACAUGUUCUGCUCCUCUCUCGUCCCCUCCUUUCUCCCCCCCAUCCCCCUUUUCAUCCCCUCCUCUCUCAUCCCCCACCCUCCCCUCUCAUCCCCUCCCUCUCAUCCUCUCCCCUCUCAUCCCGUACCCUCUCAUCCCGUACCCUCUCAUCCCGUACCCUCUCAUCCCGUACCCUCUCAUCCCGUACCCUCUCAUCCCGUACCCUCUCAUCCCGUACCCUCUCAUCCCGUACCCUCUCAUCCGUACCCUCUCAUCCCGUACCCUCUCAUCCCGUACCCUCUCAUCCCGUACCCUCUCAUCCCGUACCCUCUCAUCCCGUACCCUCUCAUCCCGUACCCUCUCAUCCCGUACCCUCUCAUCCCGUACCCUCUCAUCCCGUACCUCUCAUCCCGUACCCUCUCAUCCCGUACCCUCUCAUCCCGUACCCUCUCAUCCCGUACCCUCUCAUCCCGUACCCUCUCAUCCGUACCCUCUCAUCCCGUACCCUCUCAUCCCGUACCCUCUCAUCCCGUACCCUCUCAUCCCGUACCCUCUCCUCAUCCCGUACCCUCUCAUCCCGUACCCUCUCAUCCCGUACCCUCUCAUCCCGUACCCCUCAUCCCGUACCCUCUCAUCCCGUACCCUCUCAUCCCGUACCCUCUCAUCCCGUACCCUCUCAUCCCGUACCCUCUCAUCCCGUACCCUCUCAUCCCGUACCCUCUCAUCCCGUACCCUCUCAUCCCGUACCCUCUCAUCCCGUACCCUCUCAUCCCGUACCCUCUCAUCCGUACCCUCUCAUCCCGUACCCUCUCAUCCGUACCCUCUCAUCCCUAACCCCUUCAUCCCGUACCCUCUCAUCCCGCCCCCUCUCAUCCCGUACCCUCUCAUCCCGUACCCUCUCAUCCCGUACCCCUCUCAUCCCGUACCCUCUCAUCCCGUACCCUCUCAUCCCGUACCCUUCAUCCCGUACCCUCUCAUCCCGUACCCUCUCAUCCCGUACCCUCUCAUCCCGUACCCUCUCAUCCCGUACCCUCUCAUCCCGUACCCUCUCAUCCCGUACCCUCUCAUCCCGUACCCUCUCAUCCGUACCCUCUCAUCCCGUACCCUCUCAUCCCGUACCCUCUCAUCCCGUACCCUCUCUCCCGUACCCUCUCAUCCCGUACCCUCUCAUCCCGUACCCUCUCAUCCCGUACCCUCUCAUCCCGUACCCUCUCAUCCCGUACCCUCUCAUCCCGUACCCUCUCAUCCCGUACCCUCUCAUCCCGUACCCUCUCAUCCGUACCCUCUCAUCCCGUACCCUCUCAUCCCGUACCCUCUCAUCCCGUACCCUCUCAUCCCGUACCCUCUCAUCCCGUACCCUCUCAUCCCGUACCCUCUCAUCCCGUCCCUCUCAUCCCGUACCCUCUCAUCCCGUACCCUCUCAUCCCGUACCCUCUCAUCCCGUACCCUCAUCCCGUACCCUCUCAUCCCGUACCCUCUCCUCCCGUCGUACCCUCUCAUCCCGUACCCUCUCAUCCCGUACCCUCUCAUCCCGUACCCUCUCAUCCCGUACCCUCUCAUCCGUACCCUCUCAUCCCGUACCCUCUCAUCCCGUACCCUCUCAUCCCUUACCCUCUCAUCCCGUACCCUCUCAUCCCGUACCCCCUCCAUCCCGUACCCUCUCAUCCCGUACCCUCUCAUCCCGUACCCUCUCAUCCCGUACCCUUCAUCCCGUACCCUCUCAUCCCGUACCCUCUCAUCCCGUACCCUCUCAUCCCGUACCCUUCAUCCCGUACCCUCUCAUCCCGUACCCUCUCAUCCCGUACCCUCUCAUCCCGUACCCUCUCAUCCCGUACCCUCUCAUCCCGUACCCUCUCAUCCCGUACCCUCUCAUCCGUACCCUCUCAUCCCGUACCCUCUCAUCCCGUACCCUCUCAUCCCGUACCCUCUCAUCCCGUACCCUCUCAUCCCGUACCCUCUAUCCCGUCCUCUCAUCCCGUACCCUCUCAUCCCGUACCCUCUCAUCCCGUACCCUCUCAUCCGUACCCUCUCAUCCCGUACCCUCUCAUCCCGUACCCUCUAUCUCUCUCCCCCUCUCAUCUCUCCCCCUCUCAUCCCUCUCCCCCUCUCAUCCUUCCCCCUCUCAUCCUCUCCCCUCUCAUCCGUACCCUCUCAUCCCGUACCUCUCAUCCCGUACCCUCUCAUCCCGUACCCUCUCAUCCCGUACCCUCUCAUCCCGUACCCUCUCAUCCCGUACCCUCUCAUCCCGUACCCUCUCAUCCCGUACCCUCUCAUCCCGUACCCUCUCAUCCCGUACCCUCUCAUCCCGUACCCUCAUCCCGUACCCUCUCAUCCCGUACCUCUCAUCCCGUACCCUCUCAUCCCGUACCCUCUCAUCCCGUACCCUCUCAUCCCGUACCCUCUCAUCCCGUACCCUCUCAUCCCGUACCCUCUCAUCCCGUACCCUCUCAUCCCGUACCCUCUCAUCCGUACCCUCUCAUCCCGUACCCUCUCAUCCCGUACCCUCUCAUCCCGUACCCUCUCAUCCCGUACCCUCUCAUCCCGUACCCUCUCAUCCCGUACCCUCUCAUCCGUACCCUCUCAUCCCGUACCCUCUCAUCCCGUACCCUCUCAUCCCGUACCCUCUCAUCCCGUACCCUCUCAUCCCGUACCUCUCAUCCCGUACCUCUCAUCCCGUACCCUCUCAUCCCGUACCCUCUCAUCCCGUACCCUCUCAUCCCGUACCCUCUCAUCCCGUACCCUCUCAUCCCGUCCGUACCCUCUCAUCCCGUACCCUCUCAUCCCGUACCCUCUCAUCCCGUACCCUCUCAUCCCGUACCCUCUCAUCCCGUACCCUCUCAUCCCGUACCCUCUCAUUCCCGUACCCUCUCAUCCCGUACCCUCUCAUCCCGUACCCUCUCAUCCCGUACCCUCUCAUCCCGUACCCUCUCAUCCCGUACCCUCUCAUCCCGUACCCUCUCAUCCCGUACCCUCUCAUCCCGUACCCUCUCAUCCCGUACCCUCUCAUCCCGUACCCUCUCAUCCCGUACCCUCUCAUCCCGUACCCUCUCAUCCCGUACCCUCUCAUCCCGUACCCUCUCAUCCCGUACCCUCUCAUCCCGUACCCUCUCAUCCCGUACCCUCUCAUCCCGUACCCUCUCAUCCCGUACCCUCUCAUCCCGUACCCUCUCAUCCCGUACCCUCUCAUCCCGUACCCUCUCAUCCCGUACCCUCUCAUCCCGUACCCUCUAUCCCGUACCCUCUCAUCCCGUACCCUCUCAUCCCGUACCCUCUCCCGUACCCUCUCAUCCCGUAACUCUCAUCCCGUACCUCUCAUCCCGUACCCUCUCAUCCCGUACCCUCUCAUCCCGUACCCUCUCAUCCCGUACCCUCUCAUCCCGUACCCUCUCAUCCCGUACCCUCUCAUCCCGUACCCUCUCAUCCCGUACCCUCUCAUCCCGUACCCUCUCAUCCGUACCCUCUCAUCCCGUACCCUCUCAUCCCGUACCCUCUCAUCCGUACCCUCUCAUCCCGUACCCUCUCAUCCCGUACCCUCUCAUCCCGUACCCUCUCUCCCGUACCCUCUCAUCCCGUACCCUCUCAUCCCGUACCCUCUCAUCCCGUACCCUCUCAUCCGUACCCUCUCAUCCCGUACCCUCUCAUCCCGUACCCUCUCAUCCCGUACCCUCUCAUCCCGUACCCUCUCAUCCCGUACCCUCUCCUCUCAUCCCGUACCCUCUCAUCCCGUACCCUCUCAUCCCGUACCCUCUCAUCCCGUACCCUCUCAUCCCGUACCCUCUCAUCGUUACCCUCUCAUCCCGUACCCUCUCAUCCCGUACCCUCUCAUCCCGUACCCUCUCAUCCCGUACCCUCUCAUCCCGUACCCUCUCAUCCCCGUACCCUCUCAUCCGUACCCUCUCAUCCCGUACCCUCUCAUCCCGUACCCUCUCAUCCCGUACCCUCUCAUCCCGUACCCUCUCAUCCCCGUACCCUCUCUUCACGUACCAUCUCAUCCAUACCCUCUCAUCCCGUACCCUCUCAUCCCGUACCCUCUCAUCCCGUACCCUCUCAUCCCGUACCCUCUCAUCCCGUACCUCUCAUCCCGUACUCUCAUCCCGUACCCUCUCAUCCCGUACCCUCUCAUCCCGUACCCUCUCAUCCCGUACCCUCUCAUCCCGUACCCUCUCAUCCCGUACCCUCUCACCGUACCCUCUCAUCCCGUACCCUAUCAUCCGUACCCUCUCAUCCCGUACCCUCUCAUCCCGUACCCUCUCAUCCCGUACCCUCUCAUCCCGUACCCUCUCAUCCCGUACCCCUCAUCCCGUACCCUCUCAUCCCGUACCCUCUCAUCCCGUACCCUCUCAUCCCGUACCCUCUCAUCCCGUACCCUCUCAUCCCGUACCUCUCAUCCCGUACCCUCUCAUCCCGUACCCUCUCAUCCCGUACCCUCUCUCUCAUCCCGUACCCUCUCAUCCCGUACCUCUCAUCCCGUACCCUCUCAUCCCGUACCCUCUCAUCCCGUACCCUCUCAUCCCGUACCCUCUCAUCCCGUACCCUCUCAUCCCGUACCCUCUCAUCCCGUACCCUCUCAUCCCGUACCCUCUCAUCCCGUACCCUCUCAUCCCGUACCCUCUCAUCCCGUACCCUCUCAUCCCGUACCCUCUCAUCCCGUACCCUCUCAUCCCGUACCCUCUCAUCCCGUACCCUCUCAUCCCGUACCCUCUCAUCCCGUACCCUCUCAUCCCGUACCCUCUCAUCCCGUACCCUCUCAUCCCGUACCCUCUCAUCCCGUACCCUCUCAUCCCGUACCCUCUCAUCCCGUACCCUCUCAUCCCGUACCCUCUCAUCCCGUACCCUCUCAUCCCGUACCCUCUCAUCCCGUACCCCCUCUCCAUCCCGUACCCUCUCAUCCCGUACCCUCUCAUCCCGUACCCUCUCAUCCCGUACCCUCUCAUCCCGUACCCUCUCAUCCCGUACCCUCUCAUCCCGUACCCUCUCAUCCCGUACCCUCUCAUCCCGUACCCUCUCAUCCCGUACCCUCUCAUCCCGUACCCUCUCAUCCCGUACCCUCUCAUCCCGUACCCUCAUCAUCCAUCCCGUACCCUCAUCCCGUACCCUCUCAUCCCGUACCCUCUCAUAUCCCGUACCCUCUCAUCCCGUACCCUCUCAUCCCGUACCUCUCAUCCCGUACCCUCUCAUCCCGUACCCUCUCAUCCCGUACCCUCUCAUCCCGUACCCUCUCAUCUCCGUACCCUCUCAUCCCGUACCUCUCAUCCCGUACCCUCUCAUCCCGUACCCUCUCAUCCCGUACCCCCCCUCUCAUCCCGUACCCUCUCAUCCCGUACCCUCUCAUCAUCCCCGUACCCUCCGCAUCCCGUACCCUCUCAUCCCGUACCCUCUCAUCCCGUACCCUCUCAUCCCGUACCCUCUCUCCCGUACCCUCUCAUCCCGUACCCUCUCAUCCUCUCAUCCCGUACCCUCUCAUCCCGUACCCUCUCAUCCCGUACCCUCUCAUCCCGUACCCUCUCAUCCCGUACCCUCUCAUCCCGUACCCUCUCAUCCCGUACCCUCUCAUCCCGUACCCUCUCAUCCCGUACCCUCUCAUCCCUCCCUACCCUCUCAUCCCGUACCCUCUCAUCCCGUACCCUCUCAUCCCAUCCCGUACCCUCUCAUCCCGUACCCUCUCAUCCCGUACCCUCUCAUCCCGUACCCUCUCAUCCCGUACCCUCUCAUCCCGUACCCUCUCAUCCCGUACCCUCUCAUCCCGUACCCUCUCAUCCCGUACCCUCUCAUCCCGUACCCUCUCAUCCCGUACCCUCUCAUCCCGUACCCUCUCAUCCCGUACCCUCUCAUCCCGUACCCUCUCAUCCCGUACCCUCUCAUCCCGUACCCUCUCAUCCCGUACCCUCUCAUCCCGUACCCUCUUUACCCUCUCAUCCCGUACCCUCUCAUCCCGUACCCUCUCAUCCCGUACCCUCUCAUCCCGUACCCUCUCAUCCCGUACCCUCUCAUCUCAUCCCGUACCCUCUCAUCCCGUACCCUCUCAUCCCGUACCCUCUCAUCCCGUACCCUCUCAUCCCGUACCCUCUCAUCCCGUACCCUCUCAUCCCGUACCCUCUCAUCCCGUACCCACCCUCUCAUCCCGUACCCUCUCAUCCCGUACCCUCUCAUCCCGUACCCUCUCAUCCCGUACCCUCUCAUCCCGUACCCUCUCAUCCCGUACCCUCUCAUCCCGUACCCUCUCAUCCCGUACCCUCUCAUCCCGUACCCUCUCAUCCCGUACCCCCUCUCAUCCCGUACCCUCUCAUCCGUACCCUCUCAUCCCGUACCCUCUCAUCCCGCCCUCUCAUCCCGUACCCUCUCAUCCCGUACCCUCUCAUCCCGUACCCUCUCAUCCCGUACCCUCUCAUCCCGUACCCUCUCAUCCCGUACCCUCUCAUCCCGUACCCUCUCAUCCCGUACCCUCUCAUCCCGUACCCUCUCAUCCCGUACCCUCUCAUCCCGUACCCUCUCAUCCCGUACCCUCUCAUCCCGUACCCUCUCAUCCCGUACCCUCUCAUCAUCCCGUACCCUCUCAUCCCGUACCCUCUCAUCCCGUACCCUCUCGCCCGUCUCAUCCCGUACCCUCUCAUCCCGUACCCUCUCAUCCGUACCCUCUCAUCCCGUACCCUCUCAUCCCGUACCCUCUCAUCCCGUACCCUCUCAUCCCGUACCCUCUCAUCCCGUACCCCUCUCAUCCCGUACCCUCUCAUCCCGGCGCGGGGGUGAUGGGUGGAGGGGGCACGCCGCUGCUGCCAGGGGAAGGGGAAAGCGGAGGGGAGAGACGACGCCGUCGCUGCUGGUACGACGGGGGGGAGGAGGCGGUGGAUGGGGAGGCGGUGAGGUUCCUGGCGGAGUCACCCGAUGAGGCGGCGUUUGUGGGUGGCGGCCAAGCGUCUGGGGUUCCUGUUCCUGGGCCGGCAGGGCAACGAGCUCAAAGUGAGGGAGUAUGGCGCGCGGUGGAAAGCGGGGCUGAGGACCCUGGCGAUAGCGGGAGGGAGGUGGGCGAGGAGGAGUACGCGGCGUGGCAGCAGCGGUGGGUGGAGGCCAAGGGGUACAGCGUGGCGCACUCAGACGUUUCGCGUUCCCCCAUGCUCCUCUCCCCGUCCCCUUCUCUCCAUGCGCCUGCCCGCUCCUCACUUGCCCCCAUGCCCUCACCAGGUGGGAGUGCCACAGGCCAUAGAGGCAUUGGCGCAGGCGGGAUAAAGCUGUGGGUGCUGACGGGCGACAAGCUGGAGACGGCCAUCAACAUCGGCUUCGCCCUGCUGCGCCACCACAUGCAGCAGCACCUCGUCUUUCUCGAGGAUAAUGACGCUGCCGCUAAGGAGGCUGCCAGGCGUGGUGUUUGCGCUCAAGGAGGUGAAUCUGCCUGGCCAUUGGGGACGGGGGCGAACGACGUGGGCAUGAUCCAGAAGGCGAAUAUUGGCGUGGGGAUUCGCGGCGAGGAGGGCCAGCAGGCUGUCAUGGCGUCUGACUUUGCCAUAGGCCAGUUCAGAUUCUUAGAGCGGCUGCUGCUGGUGCACGGGGGGUGGUGCUACAAGCGCAUUUGCAUUCUGAUAACCUACUUCUUCUACAAGUGUUUCGUGUUCGCCUUCACCAUCCUCUUCUACAACUGCCUGGCGUUCUUCUCCGGCACGGCGGUGUACUACGACUGGUACCUCACGCUCUUCAUGGUGUUCUUCACCUCGCUGCCCAUCGGUGUCGUGGGCGUCAUGGACCAGGACGUCAAGGCCGUCUACCGCCUGCGCUAUCCUCAGCUCUACAAGCAGGGCCAGCGCAACGAGUACUUUUCGGUGGUGAGCGUGGCGAGCUGGAUGGUGAACGGGCUGGUGCAGGCGGGCAUCAUCUUCGCCCUCACGCUGCUGCCCUUCGCCCUCGUGCCCGACCGCAGCACCGGGCUCAUCCUCGACCUCACCGCCAUCGGCACCAUCAUGUAUGCCGCCGUCGUCACCACCGUCAACCUUGAGCUCGGCUCCAACGUGCAGUAUUGGAACGUGCUGCAUUUCCUGACCAUAUUCGGCUCCAUCCUCUUCUUCUUCAUCCUCAUGACGGUCGGCAGCUACCUGCCAGCCAAGUGGGUCGGCAAUCUGGUGGGCGUGGCAGCGCAGCUGCUGCCCGCCGCCAGCUUCUGGCUCAACCUGCUGCUCGCCGUCGUCGCCGCCAUGCUGCCCUCAUAUGCCAUCCGGGGGAUUUGGAGGCAUGUGUGCCCGGGCGACCACGAGGUGGUGCAGGAGAUUGAGCGCAGAGAGAGGCGGCGAAGGCUGAUGCGCCUCUCCACCAUGGCCCGCCACAUGUGCGCCGGUGCACCACUGGUGACCAAUCACGGCGCGAGUGGCGCUGCUGACGUUGAGAGGUCGGCUCAUGGCUCUGCUGGUAGCGAUGACAGUGGGGAGAAGGGGAAGGGGAAAAAGAAGGGGUUGGAUGGGGUGGGAAACGGUGUUGUGGGAGAGUGCCAGGUGGCAGCAGAGAAGGGUUCAAGUGUGGCUGAGGAGUUGAGACACAGACACAGCAGCAGCAGAGUCACUCAGCAGUAA